AUGGCCAAAGUCUCCUGGUGAGGCAAUCUCUCUAUCCUUGGUUCCUUCCUUUCCACGCUGAGUGAUGGCUUUUUUAUCUCCCAAUGAUGAAACACAGCCUUCAGCUGGAGGUAUUUAAGGCGCAGAAAUGCACAGUCUGGCCACAGCUGCAGGGCCCGAGGCCACAACCCUGACGGGCUGAGGAAGGACAGGAGCAGCCAUCCUCCGGGACCAGAGGCCACAGCAGGAGCCCUCAGCAUCCCCGCCGGAUUCCACACCUGCUCCUACUGCCAGGAAAGAUGUUCCUCGCGACGUUUAAGCUGUGUGCCGGGAGCUCCUACAGACACGUGCGCAGCAUGAAGGGGCUGCGGCAGCAGGCCGUGCUGGCCAUCGGCCAGGAGCUGAACCGGAGGGCCCUGGGGGGCCCGGCCCCAGCUGUGUGGAUUAACCAGGUUCGGCGUCGCGGCUCUCUGCUAGGUUCUCAGCUGGAAGACCCUCUCUACAGCGACCAAGAGCUGGCCUAUAUCCAGCAGGGAGAGGAGGCCAUGCAGAAGGCCCUGGGCAUCAUCAGAGACCAGGAGGGCUGGAAGAAGGAGAGCCGGCAGGCCAAUGGGGACGAGGUGCUGAGUAAAGUGAUCCCCGACGUGGGCAAGGUAUUCCGGUUGGAGGUGGUGGUGGACCAGCCCAUGGAGAGGCUUUACGAAGAGCUUGUGGAGCGCAUGGAGGCCAUGGGCGAGUGGAACCCCAAUGUCAAGGAGAUCAAGGUCCUGCAGAAGAUUGGAAAAGACACGGUCAUCACUCACGAGUUGGCUGCAGAGGCGGCAGGAAACCUCGUGGGGCCCCGAGACUUCGUGAGUGUGCGCUGUACCAAGCGCCGGGGCUCCAUGUGCGUGCUGGCUGGCACAGCCACACUCUACGAGGAGAUGCCCCAGCAGAAGGGUGUCAUCAGAGCUGAGCAUGGCCCCACCUGCAUGGUGCUCCGCCCCCUGGCUGGAAGUCCCUCAAGGACCAAACUCACCUGGCUGCUCAGCAUUGACCUCAAGGGAUGGCUGCCGAAGACCAUCAUCAACCAGGUCCUCUCGCAGACCCAGGUGGAUUUUGCCAAUCACCUGCGCAAGCGCCUGGAGUCCUGCCCCGCUCCUGAAGCCAGGUGUUGAAGGCCAGCCUGCUGCUCCAUGGGCUCCCAGCUGAACGGGUUUGCGGGCUCACGAGGAGGUCCCUGCUGGGAGCCUACAAAUCUGUAAAUCUGUUAAAGAUCUUAUCUGAGGAUGGUGGGAUGGGGUGGUGGUGCAUUUUCAAUAAGAUACUACAGCUCAGAUUGGUAGCAUUUUAGUACCAAGAGAAUGGGGACAAGGCUGUUCCAACUUCAUUCACUGAUGAGCUGUAAAAUGAAGCUUAAGGUCUCAAAACAUUUGUGAAACUUUUUUUUGUGAAACUUUUUCUUCUGGGUCCUGACAGCGUCUACCUAAAAAUAUCUUGAAAAUGCUACCAGUUAGGGAAUACAAGGACCAGGCCUUCAAGCUUGAGGAGGUCAAGAGGUCUGCGGGCAAUGUGUGCAGACAGAGGUCUCAUACAGGGCCUCCUGCAACCCUCUGCUCCUCUGCCAAGUGGGUGGACAGCUGCACCGAAGAGCAAGCAACUCCCAGAGCAGACGGCUUCUAGAGCUCUAGUUCAAGUGACCUUACGAAAAAAUACAGAACUAAUUAUUAGACUGAUUCCCGUACUUCUUCCAUGACAGGAGUCAGAAUAAAGAAUUGUAACUCACAGAAAAACUUUCAGUUAGUCUGUACCCGAUUUAAAAUUCUACUUUUAAAAUCCAUGUUAGUAAAUGGCAAGCUCAUACUAAAGGAGCCAUGGAUAAAGAUUUUAAUUAGUUAAAUUAAAUCUUACUUCAUUCAAAGGAAAAACUCCAGGGGACUUAAGUCUUUCAAUUAUGUAGGAUCUGUUACCAGAAUCUUUCAUAAAAAUUUACUUUGGACAAUAAGCACAAGACUAGAUCAGUUCUUAAAAGAACUCUAUAGCUGGUAGCUGAUUAAUGGGCAUUGGAAGAUGAUUUUUAUUUACCUAAUUAGGACAGAACCAAAAGCGAGUGACUAAGAGAAAAUAAAAGCAAGUUUUACUAUUCCCCAUUAGUUGCUUGUUUAGAUCUGAAAAGGGAACUGAAUCUUUAGUUUGGAGUCUAUUCUGUCCUCUUAGCUUGACUUGGGGCUGCCAAUUUCUCUGCUUUAACAGGUCAACGUCUUACUAUAUUGGAGGAGAUGGCUGGAAGGUGUGUUAGCAUGACAGCAAAAUCCCUUUCCAAGGUCUGAGAAUUGGUGCUCUAAACAUCUAAAUUGAGAUGGGGUUAUCUGGCUAAAAUACAUAUGCAGGAUGAAAACCCAACCAUUAUCACCUGAAGUGUUUCCAUUCCAGUGCUAACAGCAUUUACACCAUGUGGAAAGUCAUGCUAGCUAAUUUAUUGAACAAAUUAGCAGUGGCAGAAAUGCUGGUAUUUAUUGAGGCAUUGAGACUGUACAACUGAUGCAGGUAUUUAUUAAUAUUUAUUCUGUUUCUUAGUAGUCUGUUUUUGGCAUAGAUGAAAUUAUGUUUAUCUAGCCUGGAAGCUUCAGAGUGAGAAGGAGUAAUUGUGGAAGUAUUUCUAGAACCGAAUUCUCCACUCCCAGCUAAGAGAAAGGGUUGCUUGUUGAAAGGUGUGUAUAGCAACACUUGCUCUGGUUUCAAGAGAACAGGCUGACAGUGAAGAAACAGGCUUUCAACACACACCAUGUUUGCCUUUUUCAAACUAUGCAACUGUGUCUUUGAGGGGCCUGGGGAGAUCUUUUCUCACUUGUUUUUCAUUGGAAUAAAAUGAGUUGUCAGUGA